UCCUAUGCGAACUAUGGGUUCGAGCCUGAUUCCAAUUGGCAUUCGCAAACAAGGAAGCUGGACAAUACCAAUGUUUCCAGCGCCGUACUAGAGCCCCAGUGGAAAAAGAAAUGGUAUGACCAGAAGUAUAUGAAAACUCCAGAACCUGAAGAUGGGGAUAAGGUGAUGAUGGACCGACGCAAUAUGGUUGCCAAUCGACCCUCAAGCAAGCUUGACUACAAUCAACUAUGUCUCUUUGAGGUUUAUGAGAAACUUGUUGUUGCGUUCUACAUGCUGAAGCUUCCCUCCGAAUGGAACAUUCAUGAUGUCUUCCAAAUAUUUCUGCUGGAGUCCUAUCGGGGACUGAAAUACCCUCAACGCACUGAAGUCCCUCCUGCUCCAGAUGAGGUCGAAGGAGAAUACAGUCACGUUCCCCAAGAAAUAGCUAAUAGCCGAUGGCAACAGGCUGGGCAUUAG